GUCCUAAUUUGGAACCUGGAGAUGCCGGUUAUCCGAUUCGCUCCGUGAUUUUGUUUUAGGCACAACGAAAAGCUGGAAAAGAAAACAAGUCCACAAAACCCUAACCCCCCACGCAAACCACUCUCUUCGUCACCUGCUUCAGCUAAUCGGGAUCGCUCCUGAAUGUGCAAUCACCGUAUGGCUCUUGAAUAUCAGGCCAAGCAGUCCGAACAGCAACCGCGGGCUGACGAUGGCAGCCAUAAGCUGAGGAGACACCCCAACGUAGAGCUUGAGCCGGACAACUAUGACGAUCUGCAUUUGGAGUUCAGUCCGAUGUUGUUCAGUUCUCUCGAGCGCUACUUGCCGGAUUCAUUUCUCGGUUGCUCUCGCCUUCAGAAAGCUUGUUUCAUGAGGGAUCUUCUUCUCAGAUACUCCUCCGACUCCGACCGAAUCCGACUUCAGAGACAUAGAGAAUACAGGCAGAACAUCCUUGCUUCUUACCAGCGCCUGCAUGGGGAGAUCUAUGCUCUCGACCCUACCAGUUUUUUCUUGCCAUCAUUUCUUAGAGCUAUGAACCGGAAGACGGAGCAGAGUUAUCGGAGCAUAAUGGUGGAACCCUCUCCUGGGAUUUUCACGUUUGAAAUGCUUCAGCCACGUUUUUGUGAAUUGCUGUUGGCUGAGGUUGAAAACUUCGAGAGGUGGGUACACGAAUCAAGAGCCACCAUUAUGCGGCCCAAUACAAUGAAUAAAUUUGGUGUCGUCCUUGACGAUUUUGGUCUGGAAAACAUGCUUGCCAAGUUGGUUGAGAACUUCAUAAAUCCUAUGUCUCAAGUUUUGUUCCCCGAAGUCUGUGGAUCUGCUCUGGAUUCUCAUCAUGGUUUUAUUGUCGAAUAUGGAAAAGAUAGGGAUGUUGAGCUUGGAUUCCAUGUGGAUGAUUCAGAGGUUACUUUGAAUGUCUGCCUGGGUAGACAAUAUUCCGGUGGUGAGUUAUACCUUCGAGGUGUACGGUGCGAUGAUCAUGUGAAUACAGAAAGCCGUGAAGAGGAAAUUUUUGAUUACUCUCAUGUGCCUGGACAUGCAGUUCUUCAUCAUGGACGUCACCGCCAUGGUGCUAGAGCCACAACUGCUGGUCAUCGUGUCAACUUGAUUUUGUGGUGCAGAAGUUCUACUUUUCGAGAGCUGAGACAUUACCAAAGGGAUUUCUCAAGCUGGUGUGGGGAAUGUAGGCAUGAGAAAAGGAAAAAGCAAAGGUUGUCAAUUGAUGCAACUAAGCAGGUAUUGCUGAAGAGAGGAGAGAAGUCUGCUUUUGAACUUUUAUCAAAAUAAAAUUUAUCUCUGCGGCAGAGAUUGCAAUGCCAAUAAGUUUCUGAGGGUGCACGAAAGACAGACAAAUGCCAGAUUUUCCUUUUACACAGAGAACUAAAGCAUCAUCUCCUGAGAAGCUGAUAAUGCAGGAAGUUCAUCAAGUAAAAUGCAUGAAUCAGCUAAGAGUACCUGUGGAAGCUUCACCCAGCAUCAAAAGAAGGAAAAAGGCAUGUGGUUUACACUCAACCCAGAUAACAACCAGAAUGGAUGAAAAGGAAUGGAGAAACUGGCCUACUACUGUUGAGAG